AUGUUGUUGCAAGGGCCGGCUGUGAUCGUGAGAGUAGAAUCGGUGCACGUCGCGAUCGGCCGAUUUCAAUUCAUAAAUGUGCGAGCGGAGGAGCCCACAAUGGUGGCUCGGCUCCCGCAACAAGUUCUGCUGCUGCUCGUACUCGUCACUGGGUCGGCCGCGGAAGCCACACGCGAGACGGAGCAGUCACUCUGGGCUACGUACGACACGAGGAGGUACAGUCGAUCCUCUCCAUGGUCGUCGUCCAGCACGGACCGCGCCGCGACAGAGAGCGGAUCGGUUGGAAAGUUUCGUCGGGCAACUUCCCGACGAACGGAGACCACGAGUUCGGUGGAACGGGCUGCGCCCGAGCUGCUGCUAGGGUUGAUCACCCCGCAGGGGACGGAAAUCGAGACGCCCGGGACGGAGACCGACAGGGGAAAAGUGAAAAUCUCGCGUGAAAAUUCGAGCGUGCCCUCGAGGACCAUGGCUGACAUCAGACAGAGGAUAAAUCUAUCCGCUGGUCGGACGUUUAUCCAAUCAACUACAGAACGACCGAGAUACGAAAGGGAGCACCUAUCGUCGAAAAGUUUUGACAACACAAUGACGUCGCGCAAGAACCGGCUGGCACACGGUUCGAUCUCGUCGAGGGAUCCCAUCGACGUCACGACGACACCGACGUCGUUUCUCAGCAGCGACGUGGUCCGUCGGCAGAUGAGACACGUUCCGGACGUGUGCGAGAAGUUCAGCAGCGGAGACGAGGUCAAGCAGGAAUUUUACAGUCCGAACUAUCCGGACAACUAUCCGAACCUAACCGAAUGCGUCCGUGUGCUGGAAGCUGACACCGGUAUGCUGCUGAAACUCGACUUUCGAGACGAGUUCAAGCUCGAGGAGAGCACCGACUGCCGUUACGAUUUCCUCGAGGUACGUGACGGGCAGCACGGCUACUCCAAUCUCCUCGGGAACUUCUGCGGCACGAAUUUCCCCCCUGAGAUCACGUCGAAGACGAGAUACCUCUGGCUGCGAUUCCACAGUGACGAUAGCAUCGAGGGCAAGGGAUUCAAGGCCGUCUGGAGUAUGAUACCACGACCGACCUCCCCUGGUGUGCCACCGGAACCGGAGCCGUGCGUGAAAUAUGUGACCGGCAUGGAGGCGGUUAUUAACAGCGACGACGUUCUGGAGAGGAAGAAACUCGCGGAGAAGGAGGGUAUCCCGUUGGAUUGCAUGUGGAACAUCACGGUGAAGGAGGGAUGGAAGAUUCAGCUGACGUUCUCGGAUCCCUUCAAGCUGCAACGACCAAACGAGUGCGACGCCAACUUCGUGGACAUAUUCAAAGAACGCACUGACAUGUCAUCGAGAGAGAAGAAUUUCUGCGGCAGCAUCGCGGACACCGUGCUCCUCACGACCAAUAUCGCCUUUGUCAGGUUUUACGCCGAGCCGAAAGCGUUGAACAGCAGCUUCGAAGCCGUGAUGACAGCGCUCAGGGACAGAGACCAGGGAGACAAACCGUGCCGCGAUGACGAGUACUAUUGCGAGGACGCGACUUGCAUCGCGGCGGAAUUGCAGUGCAACGGAAGGGUCAAUUGCCGUUUCCGGUGGGACGAGGAAGACCAAGCCUGUAACACAAAGAAGUCACGGCUGAUCGACUCCCAGCAUAUCGUCAUAAUCCUCAUCGUGUUCUGUCUGAUUCUCUUCGGGCUGAGUUUCGCCUUCGUUUUCAAUUGCGUGAGGAAGCUAAUCCGGGAUCAUCGAAUCAUUCGGGAGCACAUCAGACAGUCCAGGGAGAAUCGAUUAGACGAGCUAGGUCGUAAGGCGACACCCUGUCCAAUCUCGUCUUCCAGAACGGACAUCAGGGACCGCAGCAGCGAGUCGCCAAGCUUGGAAGUGGUCCCGAGCAAGGAGCUUCUAUCGCCCACCACUCUAAUCGCCCAGGAUUACACGAAAGAGCUGGAACUGGAUAUGACCUACGGCACGCGAGACAUGAACGACAUCCACCAGAGCAACAACGUCAGCAACGCGACGCAGGAACGGCUCCAGGAAUCAAACGACGAGCCGGAGAUGCGCGACAGCUCUUGUCAAACGCGAGAAAGCCUUUUCGAGGGGCCAGUUGGUUUCACGACGUUCGGCGUCCGUGGGCCAAGCUCGCAGAACGGGACCAACCAUCUUCACCACCACCGCCACCAUCAUCUGCACCACCAUCAAAGUCCUCCACAGUCGCGUCAGGGUUCUCAGCAACCUUCUCAGAACAGCAUGCAACAGUCGUCCGAGCACAGUUCACAGCAACCAGCGUCUCAGUGCUCGGGUUGUAGUCCAGCAUCCAGAGGUCGAGACGGUAGCAUGGGCGUCUGCCCGAAGCAUAAUCCCAUCCCAGCCCCGCCCGGCUGGUCGAACCACGAGUCUAGCUAUCCACCGAGCCAUCAUCAAGGCUCCCCGUACACGGAGCCACCGGAUUAUCCAUCGUACCAGAGGUUUCAGAGCCCGAAACCCAGCCGGGAGAACAGUGCCUAUCGCCAAUCAUCCCCGCAACUGAUGAGACAAGCGACAAUCGGCUCGGGCGAAAGGUACGGCAGCUCGCUCUACGGCUCCAGACACGGGUCCAGCAACACGCCUAGCACUCAACACUCCGGCACGCCGAAGUGCGGCCAGCAAUCCACGCCAGAUCCCAGGUACAGGGCGGAGGCAGUGAUCGAGGUGGAUCAGAGGCGACCGUUCAGUAUAGAGAGCACAAAGAGCGCGCCGGACGUGAUCGCGACACACUGA